AUGGGUAGAGUAACCUCUGACCCCGUCUGCUUGUACGUGACGUGUUCUGCUAGACGUUGGCAACUUCCUGCUCAAACUUCCAGCGCAACUUUACGAUUAAAUCGGAGAAUGUUGUCACUUAAAAGGGACAAAAAGGAAGAAGAAGAUGGAGGAGCAAACCCCUUCAACAAUCUGGAAAAGAGUACAGUUUUACAAGAGGCUCGAACCUUCAAUGAGACUCCCAUCAACCCAAGGAAAUGUGGCUACAUUUUGACCAAAGUUCUGUAUAUCAUCAACCAGGGUGAAAGUCUUGGAACGACUGAAGCAACUGAAGCAUUCUUUGCAAUGACCAAACUGUUUCAAUCCAAAGAUCCAAUACUGCGUCGGCUUGUGUAUCUGGGCAUCAAAGAAAUGUCCAAGAUUGCUCAGGAUGUGAUCAUAGUCACCAGCAGUCUGAUGAAAGACAUGACGGGCAAAGAGGAUCAGUUCAGAGGUCCUGCCAUUCGUGCCCUUUGUUCUGUCACGGAUCAUUCCAUGCUGCAAAGCAUUGAGCGCUACAUGAAGCAAGCCAUAGUGGACAAAGUUCCUGGAGUCUCCAGUGCUGCUCUAGUCUCUGCUCUGCACCUUGGAAAGGGCAGCCAUGAGGUCAUCAAGAGAUGGGUCAAUGAAGCUCAGGAGGCUGUCAACAGUGACAAUGUUAUGGUUCAGUUCCAUGCCUUGGGUCUGCUGUACCACAUCAGGAAGUCAGACAAGCUGGCCGUGAACAAGCUGGUCAGCAAGUUCAGCAAACACACACUCAAGUCACCCUAUGCUUAUUGUCUGCUGAUUCGCAUUGCUGCCAAACUCAUUGAGGAAGAAGAUGCUGGCUCCGACAGCCCCAUGUUUGACUUUAUUGAAAGCUGCCUCCGCCACAAAUCUGAAAUGGUGAUUUAUGAGGCAGCCCAUGCCAUUGUCCAGUUGAAAAACACAACAGCUAAAGACUUAGCUCCAGCAGUUUCUGUGCUUCAGCUUUUCUGUAGCUCCCCCAAGCCAACCCUCCGGUUUGCUGCUGUUAGAACUUUAAACAAGGUGGCAAUCAAGCAUCCAGCUGCAGUAACCGCCUGCAACCUUGACCUAGAAAACCUGAUUACAGACGUCAACCGCAGCAUUGCCACACUGGCCAUCACAACCUUGCUGAAGACUGGCAACGAAAGCAGUGUAGAUCGUCUCAUGAAGCAGAUCUCAACUUUCAUGUCCGAGAUUUCUGAUGAGUUCAAGAUUGUGGUGGUUCAGGCCAUCCGCUCUCUGUGCUCCAAGUUUCCCCGGAAACACAAUGUGCUGAUGACUUUCCUCUCGCAGAUGUUGAGGGACGAGGGAGGCUUUGAUUACAAGAAGGAAAUUGUUGAUUGCAUCAUUGCAACUAUUGAGGAGAACGCAGAGGCCAAGGAGGCUGGCCUUGCUCACCUUUGUGAGUUCAUCGAGGAUUGUGAGCACACAGUCCUGGCAACAAAGAUCCUCCACCUCUUGGGCCGGGAGGGUCCUCGGACACCCACGCCCUCCAAGUACAUCAGGUUCAUCUACAACAGGGUCAUUCUGGAGAAUGCUGCUGUCCGUGCAGCUGCCGUCAGUGCUAUUGCCAAGUUUGGAGCUCACUGUGAUGACCUGCUCAACAGUUGUGUUGUGCUGUUGGAACGCUGCCAGCUGGAUUCUGAUGAUGAAGUGAGAGACAGGGCAACUUUCUUUGUCAAUGUGCUCAAGCAACAGCAGAAGGCUCUCAGCUCUGCCUACAUCCUCAAUGGACUACAAGUUUCUGUUGUUGGACUGGAGCGAGCCUUGCAUCAGUACACCCUGGAGCCAUCUGAGACUCCGUUUGACAUGAAGUCAGUUCCCCUGGCCACGCAGCCAAUCACAGAACAAAGAGUUCGUGAUGUACCUGGCGAACUUCCCAGCUCGAAACCUGCCCAGGACAAGGUGGCCGCCACUAGGCAGGAUGUUUACCAGGAGCAGCUGGCUCAGGUGCCUGAACUUGCCAAUCUUGGACCUCUGUUUAAAUCCUCCAGCCCGGUGGAGGUGACAGAGUCAGAGACUGAAUACUAUGUCCAGUGUAUCAAGCACACGUUCAGCAACUACAUUGUGUUCCAGUUUGACUGCACAAACACUCUGAAUGAUCAGCUUCUGGAGAAAGUCACUGUGGAAAUGGAGCCAGCUGAAGGCUUCGAGGUGACCAAGUAUGUGCCUUGUGCUAGUCUGCCCUACAACAAGCCAGGCACCACCUACACACUGGUCAAGCUGCCCAGUGAACCUACCCAGGUGACCGGCACAUUUGCUUGUACUCUGAAGUUUGUGGUGAAAGACUGCGAUCCUCAGACAGGAGAACCAGAUGAAGAAGGGUACAGUGAUGAGUAUGUGCUGGAAGAUGUUGAAGUCAAUGUGGCCGACCAUGUACAGAAGGUGAUGAAGCCCAACUUUGCUGCCUCCUGGGAGGAAGUUGGCCCUGAGAACGAGCUCGAGGACACGUAUGCUCUAUCCAGCAUGAGCACUAUAGAAGAGGCCAUCAAAAACAUAAUCCAGUACAUGGGCCUGCAGCCAUGCGAGCGUUCAGACAAGGUGGGCGAAGGCAAGAGCUCUCACACACUUUACCUGGCCGGGGUGUUUCGAGGAGGACAUGACGCCUUGGUGAGAGCCAAACUGGCCUUGGAUACGUCAGGGGUAACCAUGCAGCUGACAGUGAGGUCAACAGAUCCGAGUGUAUCCGAGAUCCUGGCCACUGCUGUGGCUUAG